AAAUUAGAAAAAAAAAAAAAAAUCAAAUGGGGAAGAAGAGAAAACACAGCGAGACUGAAGCGGCGCCGCCGGUGAAGAACGACUAUUCUGCUCCGGAGAGGCCUAAAAGAACCCUAUUAGGCUGGAAAGACAAGAACGAAGAUGCUGAGGAACCUAAAGCAGCGCCUGUGUUCAGGAACAAAGAGAAGGUUCUCGUGACUUGCUCACGUAGGAUAAGUUUCAGGUAUAGGCAUCUGAUGUUGAACAUAGUGUCGCUUCUGCCUCACUGUAAGAAAGAUAGUAAGGUUGAAGCUAAGAGCAGUAAAGGGGAAACUCUUAAUGAGCUUGUUGAGCUUAAGGGCUCUUCUUCCUGCUUGUUUUUCGAGUGUAGGAAGCAUAAAGAUCUGUACAUGUGGAUGGUUAAGUCACCUAGUGGACCCUCUGUUAAGUUCUUGGUUAAUGCUGUUCACACAAUGGAGGAGCUGAAACUCACUGGAAAUCAUCUGAAAGGGUCACGCCCUCUCUUGACGUUUUCAUCUAAUUUUGAUAAAGAUGUGAACUGGAAGCUUUUGAAAGAGAUGUUAACACAGGUUUUUGGAAUCCCCAAGGAACAUAGAAAGUCUAAACCGUACCAUGACCAUGUGUUUGCUUUCUCAAUUGUCGAUGACCAUAUAUGGUUCCGUAAUUACCAGAUAUCUGUACCACAUAACGAGGCUGACAAGGUUGCACGAGGUGGUCUUGAUAAAAUGACUCUUGUCGAGGUUGGUCCAAGGUUCUGUUUAAAUCCGAUUAAGAUCUUUGGAGGCAGCUUUGGAGGUCCAACGCUUUACGAGAACCCAUUCUACGUAUCUCCAAACCAGAUUCGAGCAUUGGAGAAAAGGAAUAAAGCUGGGAAGUUUGCUAAGAAAAUAAAGGCAAAAACAAGAAGAAAGAUGCAUGAACUCUCCAACCCAUUGGAGCCUGAUGAGUUUGCUGACAUGUGGAAAGAUGAUGAAUGAUACCAGCUUGAUCAAGUCUUUGUUCUUGUUGUAGACUUUCUAAUUCACAGCAUCAACACAUGUUUGUCUUUACUGUUCGUGACUCUGUUUUUUGUUCUCUCCCUGUAUUAAUCGUAGUUUGAGUUUGUUUCCUUGCAAUUAAAGAUUCAACAAGUAAAAAGUUCC